CUCCGCUAUCACAGUCGACCGACACUAAAAAUGUACCCCAUACCUAAACACGCCUUAGGGCGUUCAUUAGUCACAAUACGCCGCCUCGUCCUGUAAAAAAGUUCCUGGGCCUGGUAAACCUCGCAACAAUCUCAUCUUGAACUUCUCUGGAAAGCAAACGCAAUGGUAUUUGCGGACGAAGAGCAGCCUCUGCUCAGAAUUAUAUCACACGAAUACGAAAGUAUUCAACAGGAGCGCGAUGGUGAAGAAGCCGGGAAUGACGCGCUUGAUUUUGAACCUUUGGACCCUGAAAACCCUAGGAAUUGGUCGAAAACGUUCAAAUGGGGAAACGUCUUUCUGCUUGCCCUGAUGGCAUUUACAGUCACGUUUACUUGCAUCGGCGUUGUGCCGGUGGCUAGCACGAUUGUUGAGGAUCUCGAUGGAAAGCACUCAAGCUCUGCGAACAGCGCCUUACUCGUUACUAUCUGGGAACUCGGAGAAGCUGCCGGACCUCUGCUCAUCGCACCAAUGUCAGAAAUCUUUGGAAGAUAUCCUGUUUUCAACGCUUGUAACAUCGGAUUCAUCGCUGCAACUAUUCUAGCAGUGUUAAGCCAGAACAGCGGCGUUUUCAUUGCUGCCAGGAUGCUCACGGGCCUGUGCGUCGCCUCAAAUGUUCUCAACCCAGCGAUCAUUGGAGACAUUUUUGAGAACGAAGAACGUGGUUCCGCAAUGUCUCUGGUCAUGCUUGCACCAUUAAUUGGAGGGGCCAUCGGCCCUGCCAUCUCGGGCGCAAUCGCGCAGACGCUAGGGUGGCGUCGCAUGUUGACCAUUGCCGCGGCAUUGGCCAUUGUGUGCGAGGUCCUGUUCCUUGUCUACUUCAGAGAGACCUACAAGAUGACUAUCUUGAGGAGGAGAGCAGCAAAGACGAUGCAGGAAACCGGAGAAAUCUCCGAAUCCAAGACUACACAUGAGCAUCUAGCGAAGCUAUGGCACUCGAUGACCCGGCCCUUCGCGGUACUGUUCGGGUCGACCGUACUCAUGCUUCUCUCUUUGUUCGCUUCCGUAGCGUUCAGCUUCUUCUACGUCGUCAGUGUUUCAUUACCGAUUAUUUUGAUCGAGAAGUAUGAUUUCAGACUCGCCAUGAUUGGUACUACAUUCAUCUCAUUCAGCGUUGGAUCUUUCUGCAGUGUCCUAGUCUGCAACUUCACACUCGAUAGGAUAUAUGUCAAGCUUCGUGGUCCAGAUGGUGCAAAAGGAAAGCCAGAAUAUCGCCUUCCUCUCUCCAUCAUCGGUGCGAUCCUGCUACCCUUCUCCGUAACAGCGUAUGGCUGGAUCGCUGAGCAUCGUCUCCCUGUACUCUUGCUUCUUGCCUCUGUCGCCCUCAUGGGAUUCUCGCUCCUUCUUACAGUCAUACCGUUAUCUGCCUACGUCGUUGACGCUUGUGGCAUGUACUCUGCUUCGGCUAUGACUGGCGUCAUUGUCACCAGAUGUCUCAUGGGUACUUUCCUGCCACUGACCACCGGGCCACUGUCUGAUGCUCUCGGAUAUGGAUUGGGUUUCAGCAUCCUGGGCGCGUUGAGCCUGUCUUUGGCAAUCAUUCCGAUGUCGAUCUUCAAAUUUGGAGAGAAGUGGCGACAACAUUCAGAGUUUACGAAAGACUCUUGAGGAAUAACCGAGCAGGUAUUGCAUACGAGAGAAAAAACAGACAGAUAUAGAAGUAACAAGCUCUAACUUAAAGCUUACGUUUCCUAAUAAGAAAACUUAUAAAGAUUAGUAGUAUUGAGGUCUUCUAGGUUUUCUAAGAAUCGGAAGGUGCACACCUGAGACAGCCACGAACUCGGCAUGAGUGACGUAGAUACACACUUAGUAAUGAACUUUCAAGGUG